AUGUGGCAGUAUCAGGUAACGGAAAGGGCGUGUGAUGCGGGCAUGGCAGUGAUGCAUGUGGUGGCGCAAGGGGACGAGGGCGCGCAUGUGCGCACCGGCUUGCUCGUGGGCCAUCGAUUGGGGGAUGUGAGCCUUCUGGAGCUCACGGAUCAGGAGGAGACGCCUAGCACCACUCGCCCCACCACCCUCCAGCACCACUGGCCUGUGCUUCUUUCCUCAGGCAGCUCCAUUUCCACAUCCGGGCAGCGGGUCGCAACUUAUGAUCUGCCCAGGCCCCCUCCGCCUCCGGCCUUCUCAAGCUCGCACUCCCUCUUUCUGGGCUCGGAUGUUACGAGCAUACGCACACUUCCUUGGGGCAGCAGAGCGAUUGGAGAUUCUGGUGUUGCUGCGGGCAGCUGUGCAGCCAUCACGACUCUAGGCACGGGGGGGCACCCGGCCCGUGUGUUGCUCGCUGCACUCGACCUCGCAGACUCUUCUGGUGGUGGUCCAACUCGUGGAGGCACAUCUGGUGCCAAUGGUGCCGCAGCUGGUGCUGGUGUUGCUAGCGCGGCUGGUGCGGGUGUUUCAAGAGGUGGUGGAAGUGGCAGGAGAGGGAGCAGCAGGCAGCGCCUUCUUCAUUGGCAAGUGGAGAGGCAGUUUGAGUUGCCGGGCAGCGUAUGGGCGUGUGAAUGCUCGCCGAAGCAAGGGGAGAUUGGAGUGGGCACGUCCCUGGGAUUGCGGCUGCUGCACGUGGAGACGGGGCAGAGGACAGCCCUGUGCCACAGCAACAGUGACGUGCUAGCGCUGCAGGUCACAGGGGAGGUGAGACAUGGGGUAGGUAGGAUGUGUAUGUGGGAGGUGCAAUAUGGGGAGGGUGGGACGGUGGAGCUGCUGCACGUGGAGACGGGGCAGAGGACAGUCCUGUGCCACAGCAACAGUGACGUGCUAGUGUUGCAAGUCACAGGAGAGGGCAGCAUCUACCUGGCUGGUUUCCGUAACGGAGCCAUUGCCACCAUCGACAUGCGCGCUCCCCUGCCUCCCCGCCUCGAAGCAGCACUUACCUGGCAGGUUUCCGCAGCGGCGCCAUUGCCACCAUCGACAUGCGCGCACCCCUCCCCACCUCGAGUUUUGAGUCAGCUCAACUCCCCUCCCCCCCCACCACCUCGUGUGUCACCCCAGGGAAGCAUCUACCUGGCUGGUUUCCGUGACGGCGCCAUUGCCACCAUCGAUACGCGCGCACCCCUCCCCACCUCGAGUUUUGAGGAAGCAUCUACCUGGCUGGUUUCCGUGACGGCGCCAUUGCCACCAUCGAUACGCGCGCACCCCUCCCCACCUCGAGUUUUGAGUCAGCUCAACUCCCCUCCCCCCCCACCACCUCGUGUGUCACCCCAGGGAAGCAUCUACCUGGCUGGUUUCCGUGACGGCGCCAUUGCCACCAUCGAUACGCGCGCACCCCUCCCCACCUCAAAGCUAACACCCCUUUCAUCUCAACCUUCCCAACCUCCCCCUCUUCCCCACCCCCUUUUUCCCCCCGCUUCCGCUCCCUCGACCCCAGAGCAGCACCUACCUGGUGGUUUCCACAACGGCGCCAUCGCCACCAUCGACACGCGCGCACCCCUGCCCACCUCAGCCAAGCAGCUCCCACCACCGCCGCUUAGGCACCCAGCGGAUCGGAGGGGGCUGGGGGGUGGCAGGAGGGGCAAGAGGGGUGCAGCAGGGGAGGUGAAUGAGUAUUACUGCAGCCACCAGCGAGUCAUGCGCAUGCCUUCUGCUGUGUCUGGGUAUGUUCGCCCUCUGCCGUCUGCCGUCUGCCCGCUGCUGUAUCUAGGUAUAUGUGUGUGCACAGUGUACCCCUUUGAGUAUUACUGCAGCCACCAGCGAGUCAUGCGCAUGCCCUCUGCUGUAUCUGGGUAUGUUUGCCCUCUGCCCUCUGAUGUAUCUAGGUGCCCACCGAGCGCAUCCGCAACUUUCAUCGCGCACAUCGACCACGGCAAGUCGACGCUGGCCGACAAGCUGCUCGAGACUAGUACUCCGUCGCUCCAUGUCCCCCUUCUCCCCCCCCUUUCCCGUCGCUUCCUCUUUCCCCCACCCCCUCUACCCACGAAACCUCCCGCCUUCUGCCCCCUCUCCCCAUUCCUCAUAAUUUUCCCAGGUGCCCAUCGAGCGCAUCCGCAACUUCAGCAUCAUCGCGCACAUCGACCAUGGCAAGUGCCCAUCGAGCGCAUCCGCAACUUCAGCAUCAUCGCGCACAUCGACCAUGGCAAGUCGACGCUGGCCGACAAGCUGCUCGAGACGACGGGCACGGUGCAGGCGCGCGAGAUGAAGGAGCAGUUCCUGGAUAACAUGGAGCUGGAGAGAGAGCGAGGGAUCACGAUCAAACUGCAGGCAGCGCGCAUGCGGCAUGUGUCAAGGGUGGAUGGCAAGGCGUACUGUCUGAAUCUCAUUGACACGCCCGGCCAUGUGGACUUCAGCUACGAGGUGUCCCGCUCGCUGGCUGCCUGCGAGGGAGCGCUGCUCGUGGUGGACGCGUCUCAGGGCGUGGAGGCACAGACGCUGGCAAACGU